CUUUUAUUGUUGCAGUUAUAAUCCUUUACCAUUCAUUCUUAAGAUUAUUGCCUUCAUUCAUUCAAUUCAUUCACUCGUUCUACCAUAUCAUGGCAUCAUUCUCUUGGGACCAGAUUCGCAAUGAGGUGCGCUCUUUUCGGGCAUUAGUUCAACCCACAGUUGUUACCAUCUGCGACGUCGUUUUUGAUCCCACUCGAGACCGCAUCUACUUCCUCGCCAGCGACCUCUCGCGCUCAUUCAAAUCUCCCAUGCUCUUCCGUGUUGACCUUCCGCCAUCUUAUUCAACCUUGUCUUCAUAUUCCCCCGAAGUGGGCAAGACUGAAGACGACAUGGAAUCACAUAUUGAUACAGAUACAGAUACAUAUAUAUAUACAGAUACAGAGACAGAGACAGAUACCGCAGCAGAUUCAGAUACCGACAUUAACACAAAUAAUAGCACUAUUCAGGUCUCAAUCUUAACAGGUCCAGAAGCUGCACAGCAUUCACACUCAUCCUAUCGCCACAUAAGCCAAUCCCAUGAUUGUCGUUGCCAUGAUCAUCAGCAGUGUCAAUGUCAGUCUCAGCCCCAGUCUCAGUCUCGGCCCAGGCACACUCGAUACCGACGCAGACGACGACAUGGACACAAUGAUCAUGACAUGGAUCUUAUACCCUUCAAUCCAGACUCAUAUCAAGGCUUUGCCUCCCUAGCACCACCGAUCCACAUCUUUAUUAGUCCUAGGACAGAGCCCAUCCAAGCAGCAAUCGGGUCCUCCUCCACCUCUACUUCAUGUGCUAGUUCUGUUGGCGCUAAUGGUUCAGCUAACCAGAGAUACCCCCACAAUGCCUAUACACCUGAUGUUUCACUCGAAGCUUCUACAGCCACGGACCAGAUCCUUGCAGCUGCACCUGUGUUGGACUGGACCCCUGUCUUGACUGAGGAAUGGCUUAAAUAUGCCAGUACAUGUUGGGGACAUUCUCCAUGCGAUCGAUUAUCUUCCUUUCAAUUUGAGCCUCAAGUAAAUCGUCUCAUGUUUUCAUUCGGUACAGUCAUAUACACUGGCGAUGUCCAAGAGGAUGGUAAAGUCAACCCGCAGCCUGCUCAAUCAGAUCCACAUCCCUCAACAGACAGCCCGAGUCUCAACCGAACAUAUUCCAACAUGGUUCACAAUGCUCUAACAGCAGGACUCAACCUUGUCUCUGUCUCUGGGCCUUUGACAUCGCCACGGGCAUCACUUUCAGGAUAUGGGUCUACACCUACAUCUACAUCUACAUCAGCGUCUGCAUCUCCAUCUCAUCUGGAUAAGAGUGGUGCUGGAUCAACAGGAACCAGAGCAGAUCCGAGGCUCGGCGGAUCAGCCAUGGAUCUAAUCGCAUUUACGCGUGAUCAGGAUAUUUGGGUCUCUACGAUGACAGGAGUCGAGACACAGCUGACGUUUUGCUCUCGUAACACAAAGAAAUCCGACAUCAGUUGCGGCAUUGCCGAGUUUGUGAUGCAAGAGGAAUUCCAUCGCUCCACAAACUAUUAUUGGGCUCCGCCUCCACCGCAGUCAAAAUCACGUCGGAGGCCGCAGACACAAAUACAUAUGCAGACAAACACACAGGCGGAUAUGCAACCAUGUAUGCAUAUGCAUUCAGAUCACCCAUCAUCUAUAUCGCAGGAUAUAGACGCUCUUCCUGUGUCAAUAGCCAACAACGCGUCUUGUAGAACAACUGAGAAAAUCUUGUAUCUGCAAGUGUCCGAAGCCAUGGUGGAUUUGGUUGUGAUUCCAAGGCAAGGAAUGCAUCCAUCCUGUGAGGAAUAUAGAUACCCGCAUGCGGGCACUCCAAAUGCGGUCUCGGAUCUCCAGAUUGUAGAAUUUGUCCCGAAACGGUUUGAGAAGGACGAAGUACCAGAGCCCCUUCAUAAACGUCUAUGGGGUAGGGCAUCACUGUACAAACUAUUCCCUUGGCUCGAGUACAUUGUACGCUUUGGAUGGAUGCCAGAUGGAGGAAGUGUAUGGGUACAAAUCUUAGAUCGCCGACAGCAGGUUACAGCAAUUAUUGUGAUUCCAUUAGAAUGCUUUAUGUCUGUGGCGGAAAAGUCGGAUUCAUCAGAAGAAAUCGAAGACAAACUUGCCAGUCGUAUCCGCGUUAUACACGAAGAGCAAAGCAAAUACUGGAUCAAUGUGACAGACAUCAUACAUAUUCUUCCAUCAGAGCAUCAUAUUACCGACAAUCACUCUAUGGGAGCCCAAAGUGAGGAAGGCGCUUUAAUUCAAUUUAUCAUCCCAUCGGAACGUACGGGAUAUCGUCACUUGUAUCUAGUAACCCACUCCUUCAAAUUUGGAUCCACGGUCAGACCUAUUACUGCAGGGCAGUUCCAAGUUGUAGAUAAGCAGAUCACUGUGGACCCAUCUCGCCAGCUCGUUUACUUUACUGCUAAACGUGAUUCUGUCUUGGAAACUCAUCUCUAUGUGGCAAGCUACGCCCGCAGCGCUCGACCUGAGAAUAUGAAGCGAUUAACAGAACUUGGAUACAGCCAUCAGGCCAUUGUAGAUGUGGAGAAAGAUCGGUUCUUGACCAUGUAUUCAAGCAUGGAUCAAAGCCCGGCAUGUGCAGUGAUACAUCUACGGUGGAAUGAUUGUCGUCUUACAGAACCGGCUUCACCUUCGACCUCAAUUGGAAAAAAUUAUGGAAACAACCAUACAGAAAAGAUAUGCUGGUGCGAUUGUGGAUGUCACUUCCCAAAAAUUUCAUCUCAUGCAUAUCUUAUUAAGCAAGGGAUUAUUAAUCAAAAUGCUGAAAGGAUCCGACGCGCCCCUGUUGUGGCUUCUUCAUGUCGCCAACAGCAAGGCCACACGCGGUCUUUUUCAGAGUCAUUUGUAAAACCAUUUACCUCAUCGCCUUCUCCACGAAUGGAUUCUGCGUUGGAUGGAUUCAAAGCAGGACCCAUGAGCUCGGUUUCAGGAUUCCUAGCUAAUCAUUCACUGUCAAGCAGUCUGCCAAAAAUGUUUACUCAACAUCACCAUCAGCGUCGCAAUCAUUGUGACUCAAGUAUGGUUGUAAGCUCUACUGAUGAUAGCCAUAAUACCGAAGGAUCCAGUUCAACAGGGACGCGCUUACCCAAUUUUAAGUUUAUAUCAGCGAUUCGGUCCUCCCCUUCUUUUUCUAAAGCGCCGUCGCUCUCUCCUUUUUCCUCCUCUCGGUCUUCUCCAUCUUCAUCUGCUGACUCAUCAUCUGGUAGUAGUCUUAUUAAUGCGACUCAUCACCCUGUGGGGGAAUUUUUCUCAUUCAUGAGUUCUGAUAAUAUAAAACUACAUGGCUGCCUGUACAGGCCUGCGAACUAUAUCGAAGGUCAGAGAUAUCCGACGUUGGUUUGUAUCUACGGCGGGCCAAGGUCACAGAUGGUGUUGAACGAAUACAAACUUCCUAGAUUCUUACGUGUGUUUUUAGCGGCUAGUCUAGGCCAUGCAGUAGUAAUGAUCGAUGGGCGAGGUAGUAAUGAUCGUGGACUGGAGUUUGAAGGGAGAUUACGUCAUCAAAUGGGUUUGGUCGAGAUUCGAGAUCAGGUUGAGGGCCUGGAGUUUCUGGCGAGACCUGAAAAUGGGGGUAUAGUCGAUAUGAACCGCGUUGCCAUUUCUGGGUGGAGCUACGGCGGCUAUCUGUCUCUGAUGGCUCUGGUGCAAUAUCCCCACAUCUUUAAGCUGUCUAUUGCAGGGGCACCUGUCACACAAUGGGAACUCUACAACUCGGCUUAUACGGAACGCUACAUGGGGCUUGUUCAUGAAAACAAGGAUGGCUAUGCUAAAAGCAAUAUACUCAACUGGGUCGACAAGUUCCCAGACAGUGAAAAUCGUCUAUUAAUUGCGCACGGACUAAUUGAUGAGAAUGUCCACGUCAAGAACACAGAGACCUUGGUGGAGGCUCUCGUGCGAAAUAAUAAGCCACACCAGACCCAGUUCUACCCAACUGAGCGUCAUGGUCUUCGAGAUUCUCGCACUAACGAGCAAUUCGAGACAUUAUUGCUUUACUGGCUUAAAAAUUACCUAUGAAGUGUAAAAAAAAAAAAAUGGCUCUUGUGUUUUGUAUCUAAAAUCUAUUUACUCAAAUCCAUUAAUGGCAACAUGCUCUGUAGUGAAGUCCUUCAGGCUGUAUUCAAAAAGGAUUGUGCUCUCAAAAUCCAGUAAAUAUAAUAGAACACAUCUUUAGAAAGCUCCCAGUAUUUUAGAGGGAUUUGGCAUCUCUCAUGACGAGGUCAAACAACUUUAGAGGAGAAUCUAGGCUAGAGUAUGUUGUAUGGAUCUGUCUAAAUUCUAUGGCUCUCGCCAUGUUUACUCGCUUAAACUCACUUUUAAGGAUCAGUUAUUUGAUGGACAAUAUUUGUGUAGGGGGUUUGCCUAUUGUCAGGAGCUUUUGAACGUCCGUACACCAUUACAGUAUAUAUUUUUGAACAAAAAAAGGCAAAUUGGAGUUUUACAUGAAACAACUAUCAAGAUGCAUUAAAUUUCUGAUAAAAUAAAUGAAAC